AUGUUCGAAGACUUCUCCUUCACCUCGCCAUCGUCGCGCCCAGCACGUCUAGCCCUAGAAGAUGAUCGCCUGAUGGUCGAUACAGACAGUCUUAUUUCACCACUGUCUUCCCGCUGUCCCUCGCCACAAUCCCGACUUCGGAACCGCCGCAACUUCCGCUCCCAACCACCAACUUCCGUCCCAUUCCCUUACGAAGACCAUAAAGACCAUAAGCGCCUCUCCAUCUCAACCCUGACUCAAAAACUCCACGAACAUACUCUCGCUCCUGGCGAUCACGAUCGCAUUUCCCCAGGCUCCCCAACAAACUACACCGGCUACGUCCUUACGCCACCGGACACAGACCACGACGAUGAAUCCCUCUCUCCCUCCAGCCCGACAUUCCCUAUAUCAGAGUCCAGUGACGAUAUUCGCUCACGAAGGCAGCAUAUCUCCCGACUGCAGUGCAAUGAGUCUGAAAUCGAAGCUAUGCGAAGUCUGAUUGAAGAGCCUGUGGAGGAAGAAGAUUGUCAUCCGAGUUCUUUACCACCACGACAUUCACCGCGUAGGCGAGCCAUGACGCUUUCAAGGAGUCGGUUCGGGCCAGAGGAGAGAAGGAGGAAGAGUUCGGCUGGGGUUUUGGCGAGUCGGGUGGAGAAGGACAGACAUGGCCAUGGUCAUGGCCAUGGGCCUGGGAAGAGGAUGGAUGGGUUGAGGCGGAAGAGCCUUGUGAGUGCGGCUUUGGCUUCAAUGGUUGAAAAGGAGUAG